AUGAGGUUGGCCACACUCCCAAUGAGGGUAAAGUUGCCGGCAAUAGUGGAGACCCAGGCUAGGAGGACCCCUGCCAGCUGCGAGCAGUCACUCAGUCCACACUCAAACGUCUCAAGCUCAUCCAGGAUGAGGAUGACCAGAGGGACAUUGCUGAGGACAUUGGAGCCAACUAUGACAAAGACCGUGAAGAGAAGGACUCCAGGUAAAGUCCUGAGGUUCAUGUAG